AGUAUUUCAAAUAGGAAGAGCUCAACCAGCGUAGAGAGCGGACGUGGUAGCCGUUUGGUGAAGCAAUUUGGUGUGGCUUGGGUGGAAAGGCCACCGUUCACGAUGCUUCGACAGGCGAUUUUGGUCCCUCGAAUUUUCAGUUUUCUGGAGAGGUCGGUUCUUGGCUCAGGAGAACGUGCUGGAGGUCUUCUGGCUCAAGAAACGUGCAAGGCAACAUGCUUGCUUUGCGGCCCACAGUCAUCCAGCAUAAAACGACCCCUGCACACGACCGUGCCACGUAGCAAGGCAGAGGACCGCAAGGAAAUGCUGGCAUCCAUGCCCAAGAAGGAUGAAGGCACCGAGGGCGAGAAAACCAUCGAUGUAGACCUCCUCUCAAAAAGGUUUGAGGACAUCUUUCCUGAUGAGAACACACCUAGCAGACUAUUCGAUGGCAUUCCUUACUCGCAACUGAACAUUUGCGACAUCAAAGCUACUAAGAACAAUACAAUUAUCUCCCUGAAUGAUCACAAAGGAAAGGCUUUAAUGUUGAGGUCUUGCGGCAUGGAAGGCUUUAAGAACACCAGACAGGGCACAAACAUUGCUGCUCAGGCUACUGGCAUCAGUCUAGCAAUGCGAGCCAUUGCCAAAGGAUUUAAGGAUCCCGUCCGAGUGAGGGUCAGUGGAAUCGGGCCUGGCAGAAUGUCUGCGAUCAAAGGUCUUUCAAUGGGAGGCAUGAAUGUGGUCUCGAUCACAGACAGCACGAGGGUUUCCUUCGCCCCUACUGCCAGGGCCCGAAAGCAAAGAAGACUGUAGUCAUUAAUCAGGUACUAUGCUUGGUUACAUGGAUUUUUAUUUCAACGUCGAGGAAAUCUUCUCGAACUCUACGCUUACUCACAUCAGCUGUACGGAGACUUGCAAAAAUAAAUUAGUUGCCCGGCAACUUCCAAUUUAAAUUAAAAUUAAA